GGCUGGAGCCAUGGCAUCGCCUGCGGCUAGUCCUCGCCCACCAACAAUUCUUGCGCCGAUUGAUGCUCCCCGGAUUCCGGUGGUCGCCGUGCCGUGUUAUUUAGCACCGGCUACGCUGCUGGAGUCACACGGCAUCACGGGCCAAUUUUCCAUGUCACAUCAAGCAGUGUUGGCUACGGUAACUGCUCAGGCACAAAUGCAGCUACAAGCAGGAUAUCCAUCCCCAUCAGGAUCAUUGAAAAAUUCUUCACCACAGUCAAUGCUGCUACCCUUGAACCCUUCUCCGCUUCAACAAAGACUGCCUUCAGCUCCUGCUGAAAUUAUUGGCGCUUCAGAGACUGAGAAAACAUCUUCCUUUGAACAAAAAUCUCAAUCUUCACUUAUUGUCCCAAAGACAACCACUGACGACGGCUACAACUGGCGGAAAUACGGUCAAAAGCAGGUUAAAAGCACCGAUAGAUCUCGAAGUUAUUAUAGGUGCACUAACGGUGAUUGCUUUGCCAAGAAGAAAGUUGAGCGCUGCCCAAACGGUCAAGUAACUGAAGUAAUUUAUAGAGGUCAGCACAACCAUGAACAGCCACACAGAGCUAAAUUGUCAAAGUUGAAGGGACUUCCAUCCAGUGGGGCAAUUGGGGUGACUGAAGGUCUUGAUGUUCCUGGCGUUGAACCUGCUGAAGCAGAUCCUUCUACAUCUAAGGUUGAUCAAAAUUCUAGUAAUGGUAACCCUGAACAACAGUUGUUUUGCUCAAGUGAUUGUGAAGGUGAUGGCAGUAUUAGAGCUGAAGAAGAUCCACAUGAAGAACAAGAACCAGAGCCAAAACGAAGGCUAAAUUUAAGCAGUGCGACAGACCCAACUCCAGUUUUCAGGACAGUAAAGCAACCCAAAAUUGUUAUGCAGACUGCAGCUGCAGGGCAUGUAAGUGAUGGCUACAGGUGGCGUAAGUAUGGGCAGAAAAUUGUUAAAGGAAAUCCAAACCCCAGGAGUUACUACCGUUGCACACAUGAUGGCUGCCGUGUUCGUAAACACGUCGAAAAAUCUUCGGAUGACGCGAAAUCCAUCGUGAUUACGUACGAAGGCAAACACAAUCACGACGUACCAACUCUUCAAAGCCCCAUUGAUCCACCAGUUACAACAACUCUUUUCAUUGAUUCCGCAUCCUCAGCCACCCCCGCAGAAACUUUGGAUCAGUCUGAAUCAAUGGUAGAUAAAAAACUCUCAAUCAAUUCUCCACCAGAAAUUAAAAAGGGUUCAGAACUUGGAAGUGAGAAGGGAUCGGAAUCUGCUCAAGCUCUUCUAAGCAUGAGCUGUGAUCCAGAAUCUGGAGAAGAAGGAUUGAGAGUUUGAUCAAGAUGGCAUGGUUAUGUAGAUCUGUCAAUCAAUAAACAAAAGGAAAAUUCACGCAUACCACUUCAUUCCUAUGU